GCAGCAUGAUGAAGAAAGAAUGAAAAGGAGGAAAGCUGAAAUGAGGGAAGUAAGGGAAGAAAACGAGAGGCUAAAGAAAUGUUUGGAUGAAACAAUGAAGAAUUACGAGACACUGAAAAGGCAGCUCCAUGAAAUGGGUCAAACCAGAGAGGCAAAAAAGUCAACACAAACAACUGCAAUUGCCAUACAUAACCAUGAGGUUGAAGAAAUGGACCAAAUGGUUUCACUCACAUUAGGAAGAAGAUUAUUCAACAACAUUUCCUCACCAACAAAAUCAGAUCCUCAAAACGUGGGCUUUCUGGGAGUGGCUGAAACAAAUGUUCAGACCCCAUCAACUCAUCAAACUCAAACUCCAACGGAUAGUGAAGCUAAAGAGGAAGAAACCACACCCAUUUGGCCGCCGGGUAAAUCCAUGAAGGGUUUGCCGGCGCCCCCCACCGGAGAAGAUGAAGUUUCUCGGCAGAAUCCUCCCAAGAAGCCUAGGGUUUCUGUGAGAGCCCGGUGUGAUGCCCCGUUGGUGCAGAUGAACGAUGGAUGCCAGUGGAGAAAAUACGGGCAGAAGACAGCAAAAGGAAAUCCUUGCCCUAGAGCUUAUUAUCGUUGCACAGGUGCACCCUCAUGUCCCGUUAGAAAACAGGUGCAAAGGAGUGUUGAUGAUAUAUCCAUACUAAUCACCACCUAUGAAGGAACUCACAACCAUCCUUUACCUGUUUCAGCCAUGGCCAUGGCUUCCACCACCUCUGCUGCCGCCUCGAUGCUCCUCUCGGGCCCUUCUUCAUUCGCCACCUCUGCCACCGCCACCGCUGUGGCGAAUCUCCAUGGAUUGAACUCGUAUCUCUCUAACAACACCAAUUCAAAGGGAUUCUACUUGCCAAACUCUUCAAUGCUAUCUUCUUCUCUCAACCAUCCCACAAUCACUUUAGACCUCACUUCAAACUCUCUCUCAACUAAUUAUCCCCCAAAGUUUCCUCCUGAUUUUGGCUCUUCUCAAUACAGCUUCAUGCCUUGGAACAAUAGUAACAGUGGCUAUGGCUAUGGCAAUGCCAAUCAAGCCGGGCAUCUACAAUUUUCCAGAUCUUCAACUCCGCCCCCGCCAUUGUCGUCACCUCUACUGGACACGAUCGCGGCAGCAACUAAGGCGAUUACGUCUGACCCAAAUUUCCAUUCGGCAUUGGCAGCUGCCCUGAGCUCGAUCAUCGGCGGUGGAAAUGGGAGCAAGACAGUUCUUCCAAUGGCUAGCUAUGUUGAAGAACCUCAGGGAAAUGUGUGUGCAUCAAGUUUAAGCUCUCAACAAGGAAGUAAGGGGUUUGAGGCAGCUAAAUCAUUAUCAUGCUCCACCUCCAAGAGUCCUUCCUCAUCUCCUGGGGAUAGUAGAGAAAAUGGCAAGUGAAAAUGCAUGGAUGAUGAAA